UCGUAGCCUGCCAUGGCCCGGCUCGAAACCCGCCUCCUGUAUUGCAUACACCGCGCGGCCCUGCCGCCGCCCUGCGGGCCUUCGGCGGGGGCCGUCAGGCUCGGGGCAGCCGAAGACACCGAGGUCGGCGAGAUUCGGCGUCGGGCUCGGCCCUCUCCCCUUGCCCUCGUCCACCCGCCGCCGCCCCGGACAGCCUCGCGCCAUGGAUCCAAGCCACCGCACGGGGUCUUCGGCACUCCUCGGCCUCAGGGGGUCCUCGCCGUGGCCCCGGGGGCCGUCCGCAAAACGGCUCGGGACGAGGAGCUGGCCCCAGAGGAAGGGUCGGGCCGCCCCCCGCCGCGGCCUCUCGGGCCAGCCCAGUCUUGGCCGUUUCCGUCGGUUUUUGACUGUUCGGCGGGACUCUCGUGGGGGGGGGGGAGGCAGGAUUGAAAAAGGCUCCCCCCUUCGCCCAAGGGGGGCGGAUCUCGCCGUCCCUGUGGCCUGGGGCUGCCCCACGGCAGAGGCCGCUGGCGCCCGGGCCCGGGCCCUGAGGAGAGGUGUGCGCGGCGGCUGCGGUCAUGGCCCUGCGCUUCGUGCCGGUGCGGGCCUUCGUGCCCUUCCUCGCCUCGGUGUCCGCGGUGGCAGGCGACGAGGGCGUCGGCGGUGGGCGCCUCCUGGACGAUUCGUUCAGCCUGUUGAGCGUGGACGUCCGUGCGAGGCCUCGCCCGGGGCCCGAGGCUCCGCAGUCCUGGUCGUGGGAUUCGGUGAGCGCCUGGGUGCGGGACAAUGGAGGAGGUGGCGCCCUUUCCAGCCUUACGACGAACGAGACUGAGCAUGGCGGCUACAGGGUACGCGGCGUCAUUGCGCGGGAGCCCAUCAGCAGCGGCACGAUCAUCUUGCAGAUUCCCCAGCGACUGUGGCUCUGGCUGGACAACUUCCCACACGUGAAGGAGGCAGAGCUGCCCUCAGAGUCCAUGUGCAGUGCGUUGUCAGAACGAGUGGAAGCCUCUCUGAGGAUUGCUGCGGCAGUGGCAGGGGAAACGCACAAGGGCCAGGCAUCUUUCUUCUACCCCUGGCUUCAGACCCUGCCAACGCUGGAUGAUUUCCGUGCAUUCCAUCCGCGCCUUGCCAGCGAGGCAGUGCUCGCAGACUUUGCGACCCUGCCGCUCGUGCAGAAGAUACGCAGGUCUCAGCGUUCUGAUGAGGCUGUGCAGGCAUGCUUCGAAGCCUGGCGGCAGCAGCCCCAUAGCCUUGUCGCAAAUCUGACGUGGAAUAGCGUGCACGGGGCCUUGCUGCUGUUCCAGACGCGAUCUUACUCCGUGCGGACCGCGAAGGGCACGGCAGAUGCGAUGAUUCCGCUGUCCGAGUUCCUCAACACCGGCAGAAAGGAGGCCAUGAACACGAACUGGUGGCCCGUGAGGCCGAACCGCGACUUCAAGCUCAAGCUGCUUGCAGACGUCCGAGCGGGAGCGACGAGCUGCUGGACAGCUACUGCACCGCGUGCACCAACGAGGCGCUGCUCGACACGUGGGGCCUCUACCUCGAGGACGACACCUCGAGGCGGCUGGCGCCGUCCGCAGGCGCCUGCGGUGCCGCGCCCGGGAGCGAGGCCCGCGCGAGGCUCGAGGGCGCAGCGCUGUCCGUGCUCGACGUCGCGGGCGCCAGGGCGAGCUGGGCGUCUCCCCGCUGCGCGCCCCCCGCCCUGGCGCGGGAGCAGGGCCCGCUGCGCUGCUCCCUGGCGCGCCUCGCGUGGGAGCAGUGCGGGCUGUAGGCCCCGCGCCCGGCGCCCAGGGAAGCUUGGCCCUGAAGCAUCCGGGCCGCGCGGCCCCGCCUGGGGAGGGCAAGGCAGAGGCGGCCCGCAGAAGGCGGCGGGCCUCAAAGCUACGGGCGGUUGCUCAGAAGGCGCGAGCGCCUUCUCUGCCUUCCCCCCGGAUCGCGUCGCCGAAGCCGGGCUCCGGUGUUCCCUCGCCGACCCGAAGAGAGUGCUCGCGGCAUGCCUGGGAGACACGGCGCACGCGGAACAGGGAUGGGGGGCUCCUCCUCCCUGAUGUUCGUACGCAUUGUGCCGGAAUAUGCGGUGG